AUGGUAGGUGCUAGUACACGUGAAGAAGUUUUAACAAAUUGUAAAGCAACAGCAAUGAUUUACAAUGAUGCACAAAAGAAAUGGAUACAUUGUGCAUCGAAUGGGCCAGCGAAGAUUCAAAUCCUGUUCACACCAGACACUCAAAUAUAUCGUAUAGUGGGCCGGCAAAUUCAAGAUCACGAAGUAGUUCUAAAUCAUCUAAUAAGCAAAGGGAUUAAAUAUAAUCAAGCAACACCUACGUUCCAUCAAUGGCGUGAUCAGUCGUCUGUUUAUGGUCUUAACUUUGCCUCGAAACUCGAUGCGCAAGAAUUCGGUACAAUGAUGACGAAAAUUCUUGAUAGUGUCAAUGGGUCUACUAAUCUAUCUUCUCAUACCAAUACUAAUGGCGGAGUUACUCUUCCAUCGUCGACACAACAGAAUAAUAAUAAUAACACAAACAGCACAUCGACAUAUAAACGUCAAACGAGCCAACCAUCUACAAUUUCUUUUCCUCCUACAGCAACCACAGUAUCCAUCAAUUCUACAUCCUCUCCUUCUGUUACUGUAUUCGAUCCAACACAACAACAACAACAACAUCCACAGCAGCAGCAACAGUUACACUCGUCAUCGUCUUACAAUAACCAGUUGCGUCCGAGCUUGAGCUCAACAAAUUCGACAUUAACGGGCCCCAAUAAUAAUAACAACAACCACCACCACACUACGUACCAUACCCAACAUCAACAACCACCUGAAGACGAAGAAGCAAAUUACGCACUCAUUUCCGAUUCGCUUUCAUCCUACGGUGAUAAUUUAAACAAUAAAAACAACAAUAUUCCACAAGCUCCACCUCUAAAUCUUUCCAUGUCUACCGGCGGUGUACCACCACCUGCUCCACCACUACCCCCACCAGCCGCUCCUCCUCCGCCUCCUCCAAUGCCAAGUAACUUGGGAGCUGGUCAACCUUCUGCACCUUCACUUGUCCUUCCAGCUCCAAACGGAAGUAAUGGCACUAAUACACCACGCAAGUCGAGCACCACGGCACCACCGAUGGAUCUGAUGUCUGAGAUGGCAGCCAAAUUUGCUCAACGACGUAAACAGGUCGAUGAAGGAGAGAAAGCAGAUUCAUCCAACGUAACCAAUUCAGUCAAAGCAUCUUCGAAAACAGUACCUACUUCGACUCUACCUCCAACACCAGUUGCACCAUUACAAACUUCGCCACGCAUCAAUCGCAAAAUGAGCGACUCGCAGACAGGUCCACACAUCACCGCUAACGAUUUGGAAAAGUUAAAAAUUGAUAUCCUGACUGAAAUACGAAAGGAUAUCGAGAAGGCCAAACAAGAAAUUCUCACUGCUUUAGUCGAUCGUCAGAAAACGAUAAGAAAAUAA